UUACUGUCAGUUGACUAACUUCGUACCUAAAGAGGACUAAAACAUGGGUAAACAACACCAACAUCCAAACCUGGUCUUCGUAUUAAUCGAAUAUAUUUUGCUCGAUUUUAUAUGAUAUAUCGCUUUCACAACCUCAUGAAAUGAUUGACAUUUUAUUUUGGAUAAGUAAUACAAAAAACGUUAUUGAAUAAUGACUUCGUUUCGGAACUAAUAUAUAUUUUUUAAUGGAGCUCUCGAGGCUAUUUUAAAUGUAAAGUCUAUGUCUGAAAUGAAUUACUCCUCCAAGUGAAGUGUACAGAACUAAACCAUGGAAAAUGUUACUUCAAAUCCAGAUAACCAGACGCUUGGUCCAUGGACUGAUUAUAGCAUGGAAUACAAAGUGGUCAGCAUAUUUUUUGUGAUCCUCAUCUGUGGGAUAGGAAUAGUUGGAAACGUUAUGGUGAUACUAGUUGUUCUUACAACCAAACACAUGCGGACACCCACCAACUGUUACCUGGUGAGUUUGGCGGUGGCCGACCUGAUGGUUCUGACUGCAGCGGGACUGCCGAAUAUUACAGAGAGUUUGUAUGGAGGAGGCUGGGUGUACGGAUACGUCGGGUGCCUUAGCAUAACUUAUUUCCAGUACUUGGGCAUCAACGCGUCUUCAUGCUCCAUCUCCGCUUUCACCAUUGAGCGGUAUAUAGCCAUCUGCCACCCCAUAAAAGCGCAGUUUAUGUGCACUCUGUCAAGAGCAAAGAAAAUCAUAGUGGUCGUUUGGGCUUUUACCUCGCUCUACUGCGCCUUGUGGUUUUAUCUGUCUGACACGAAAGAGUUGAUUUACGACAAUAUUACCUUGGUCUCAUGUGAAUACAAAGUGUCAAGAAAUCUUUACCUGCCAAUCUACUUCACUGACUUUGCCGUGUUCUAUGUGGUGCCUCUCAUGCUAGCCACUGUUCUGUAUGGAUUUAUCGCUAGAAUUCUUUUCCUCAACCCAUUGCCGGCAGACCCCAAGGAAAAUACUAAAAAGUGGAAAAAAGAAUCAUGCCAAGGAAAUAGGAUGAUGAGCACCAACAAUUCAUCCUGUAGCACAACUGCCCGCUCUCGCAGGCAGGUGACUAAGAUGUUAGCUGUGGUGGUGGUACUCUUCGCCCUCCUCUGGAUGCCCUACCGGACGCUGGUGGUGGUAAACUCCUUCCUGGACAAGGCUUACCUGGACCACUGGUUCCUACUCUUCUGCCGCAUCUGCAUCUACCUGAACAGUGCCGUCAACCCGGUCAUCUACAACGCCAUGUCUCAGAAGUUCCGCACCUCCUUCAAGAAGUUGUGUCACUGCGGUCCGCAGCGAUUGGAGAAGCCGGCGUCUUACAGCGCGGCCCUGACCUACAGUGUCAUCAAGGACACAACCAAUGGAGAGAGCCCUGACCACUUUACUACCGAGAUGGACGAGUUGGCCACGCCCACACCCAGUGACCAGUUCCUGCCCAGCACCAAGAGGAUGUCAUUUGUGGACCCCUCUCUGUCAUGCAGGGUUGCCCUUAGCACUCCCUGACAGAAAAAGUACAUCCAUUCAGGCUCUAGUUUGUGAAUUCUAUUCUAUAAUUCAUUUUCUGCAGAGGAAUUGCUCUAAUAUUUCAGCAGUACAACGGCAAACAUUAAAUACCAAAAAUGUGUUGUUAAUAGAGGAAGGAAUGCUUAAUUUCGUUAUCUAGCAUGGUGAAAAUAUAUUCUCCCCUCUCUGUAGCCAUCUUAGCACAAAGCACCCAAUUAUAGGCAUUGUUUAAAUCAGUCUUAAACAUUGUGUGACACACAGAUUUAAUUUGCCAGGUAAUACUGCUUUCACUGCUUUCACAUACUGAGUGACAGUUUCCAUCUCUGUAGAGUGGAAAAAAGGGAAAGAUAUUAUCCCUCUUUUUUAUCUGGAGAAGUCUAGGCCAGGUACUCAGUGUGUGUGUGUUUGUGUGUGUGUGUGUGUGUGUGUGUGUGUGUGUGUGUGUGUGUGUGUGUGUGUGUGUGUGUGUGUGUGUGUGUGUGUGUGUGUGUUUAAAAGCUCACUCUACAGGAGGAGUCAAACUGUCUGGCCAUAGUUGUUUGAACCAUCCUGCUACUUUGCAUGUUUGGAAACAGCAUAGGGAGAAUGUGAUCACUGACCACAUUUCAAAGGCAAAAUUCAAAGGAGGCAGAGUAUUAAAACCAUCUCUGCUCGAGGAGGGUAAAUAUCACACAUUGCUUUGAAACCCGCCUGUCAGGGAAAUAGAGAUGAGGUGGGAUGAAAUUUCUUUAAAGGUUACAGAUGAUGAAAAGGAAUGAGAGCAAAGCAAUGACACUCCAGGUCUUUCAUCCGUUUGAUUGCUCAAUGUCAUUUGACUUUGUUGUAACCUUAUUGGUUACUAUAAAUCAGGCUCACCUGAUAUGGAACGUUCUGCAGGGGCUAGUGUCAAAAAUGUAUGGUAGCCUUAUUGACUAAAAGGUUCACCUGAUAUAGAACUUUCCACAGGGGCUAGUGUCAAAAAAAUGCAGCAUGGUUAAACAUCCUGCUGUCCCCAUAAUGGACUACUGUGGUGUGGAUUCAAUCAAAAAGAAUUGAAAGGCCCAGAGUCCAUAAUGAGAAAGUUAUUUGAUGACUCAGACACCUGGGUGGUUGAUUGGUUGUCUCUAGGUCAGGGGCCUGACAUGACCAGACCAAACAUUAUGUUGACAUCCGCAAAAGCAGAGACUGAUGGUAGCAUGCCCCCUUAAUGGAUCCCCCCAAGCACAUCCCACAGAGCAGCUAUUUCCAAACUGGGGUACGCGCAAUGCCGUCAGGGGUACGCCAAAUAAAAAGGUGAUUCACAUUAAAUAAAAAAGAUACAAAAUUCUUCACAUUUUCAAACAGUCCAUUUAUAUUUUCCAACGGGGCUAUAUAUUUGGGUGAGUUUUUUUUCUCACCUGAGAAACCUCGUUUCACUGCCAAAAAUUAAAUUAAACCAUCUAGUGUUCAGCGAAAUAACAACACAAUGUCAAAUACAGGUAGCCUAGUCAAAUAAUCCAACAUCCAAUCACAUUAACCGUUACUCUCUCGCGGGAAUUCCAGUAACUGUCCGUAUGUAGCCAAACAUAGCUGCUGCUCAUUCCGUUUGUUCGGAAAUUGAUAAAUAGUUACAAAAAGUAAGGCCCACGUCCAUAGAGACGCAUACCAGCUCUACUGGUAGUACUGCUACUACCAGCAGUACUACACCUGCACCUGUCGACGACACAAGUUGUUUUGCUUCCACGAGCACAUCCAAUGCUAGCAUCAGUAAUUCUACAUUUGUUGUUAGCCCAGCUAGCAUGGACACUGACACUUGUGAAUCUGAUACAGCCGAAGAGCUACUGCCCCCUUACCCGGGAAAGCACCAAACAACAGACAGGGACAUUGGACCAUAGAAGAGACGCAAAUAUGAUGAGAACUACACUUAUAUUGGGAGUAGUACCUUUCCUCAGCCGCAGUGUGUUAUAUGUGCAAAAGUACUAUCUCACAACUCGAUGAAACCUUCGCUCGUGUGCAGACAUUUAGAAACAAAACAUGCCAAUUUGAAAAAUAACCCACAGGAGUUUUUUGAGCGAGAAUUAAGAUGACUUUUGAGUAGUAAGACAUGUAUAAAAGCAACAGAUACCAUGAACAACAGAUACCGUCUUAUAUGGUGAACUACCGAGUGGCUAGGACAUGCAAGUCACAUACUAUCGUGGAAGACUUAAUUCUACCUGCUGCCGUGGAUAUGGCUGGGACAAUCCUGGGGGAAAGGCCAAAAAAACGACACCUUCAUCAAACAACACUGUUUCACAACGCAUCAGUGGCAUGGCAGGUGAUACUUUGAAACAAUUACCGCUUCGCAAACAAGCCAGUAAAUUCUGUGCGUCACAGCUGGAUGAGUCAACAGACGUGGCGGGCCUGGGACAGCUCCUGGAAUAUGUCCGUUAUGGAAUUUUUGGAAACCAGGACAACAGGAGAGGAUAUUUUUAAGGUACUGGACAGCUUUGUGACAUCAAAUGGAUGUGGUCAAAAUGUGUUGGUAUCUGUACUGAUGGCGCAAAAGCCAUGACAGGGAUACAUAGUGGAGUGGUCACGCGUGUGCCAGCCGUUGCUCCCGAUGCCACUUAGGUACACUGCAGCAUCCACUGAGAGGCUCUUGCUGCCAAAGGAAUGUCUGACAGAUUGAAAGAUGUUUUGGACACUAUGGUUAACUUUGUUAAAGCAAUGCUCCUGAACUCUCGUGUAUUUUCUGCACUAUGCAAUGAUAUGGGCAGCGACUAUGUAACGUUUUUACAACAUGCAGAAGUGCGCUGGUUAUGAAGGGGCAAAGUAUUGACAUCAUUUUUUGAAUUGCGAGACGAGCUUAAAGUUUUCUUUACUGACCGUAAUUUUCACUUCUCUGACCACUUGCACGAUGACGAGUUUCUCACACGACUGGCCUAUCUGGCUCAUGUUUUUUUCUCACCUGAAUGAUCUGAAUCUAGGAUUACAGGGACCUUCCGCAACUAUAUUCAAUGUGCGGGACAAAAUUGAGGCUAUGAUUAAGACGUUGGAGCUCUUUUCUGUCUGCAUUAACAAGGACAACACACAGAUCUUUCCAUCAUUGUAGGAUUUUUUGUGUGCAAAUGAACUCAAGCUUACAGACAACGUCAAAUGUUAUAUAGCGAAGCACCUGAGUGAGUUGGGUGCGCAAUUACGCAGGUACUUUCCCAAACAGCUGACACAAACAACUGGAUUCAUUAUCUCUUCCAUGCCCUGCCUCCAUUCCACUUACCAAUAUCUUAACAAGAGAGCCUUAUCGAAAUUGCAACAAGCGGUUCUGUGAAAAUUGAAUUUAAUCAGAAGCCACUGCCAGAUUUCUGGAUUGGGCUGCGCACAGAGUAUCCUGCCUUGGCAAAUCGUGCUGUUAAGACACUGAUGCCCUUUGCAACCACCUACCCAUGUGAGAGUGGAUUCUCGGCCCUCACUAGCAUGAAAAUUAAACACAGGCACAGACUGUGUGUGAAAAAUUAUUUAAGACUGAGACUCAGUCAACCCAACAUUGCAGAGUUAUGUGCGUCAUUUAAAGCACACCCUUCUCAUUAACCUGCGGUGAGUUUUUCUUUUCUUUUUUCAAUGAACAAAUAAAGUUUUAUAUGUAAGAUGGCUAAAUAAAGAGUAAAAUUCUAUUAUUAUUUGUGCCCUGGUCCUGUAAGAGCUCUUUGUCACUUCCCACGAGCCGGGUUGUGACAAAACUCACAUUCAUUCUUAUGUUUAAUAAAUGUAUCGUAGAGUAUGUGUAUGGCAGGCUUUAAAUUAUUGCAAAAAACAACAUUUGAGAGUGCGCUGACCCUGGUGCUAGAGGGGGUACACAGCUGGAGGUUGAACGUUUGAAGGGGUACGGGAAUAUAAAAUGUUUGCGAACCACUGCCACAGAGCAAAGGCGAGAUUAGAGGAUUCAUCAAUGCCAAAGUGUCCUACUUUGGAGAUUUGAGGGAGGCUGGUGUGUCAUGGUACAGCCAUAAAGCAUGGGCACAGUGUCAAAAAAACAGAAAGAUAAAGCAUAAAAGGAACGAGCAUUGAUUGGAUUUAGAAUUCAAAUCAAGAAAAAAGAUACAGUUCUUUGCUGUUUAUUUUAUGCUGAUGAAACACCCUCUCUGUCCCUUUUGGGAUGCUGUAAAAAUGCUUGCAAGUUGAUUGUUCGGUACCACGAGAAAUGUAUGUUUUUCAAUCUAUGUUUCAAGACCUGUUUUCAAUCCGUACCUUUGCCCCAUUUAAAUUGUCUGCCAGUAGAGCUGUUGCGUAAUAACGUUGUUUGUUUGGUUCAGUUGUAUUGUUUGUUCCAAUCAAUGUACAAUAUUUUUGCUAUGGAGCGAUCAGUGUGGAGCUACGCUGUUCUUCUUUGGUAACACUACAACUGCAGUAUGUUUCAGAGAAGGUAUGUGCCUGGUAGCGAGUUUGCAGCAUGGACACUGUAAAACAAAUGAUGUUGUGGUGUGAUUUCAAAAAGAAAGAAAUCUAUGUACAGUAUACAGUUUCUCUUCACUCAGCAAUGUUGUGCAACCUGGUCUCUCCUGCUGACAGUUCUCUGCAUUGUAAAAACUGCUCUUGUUGUUUGGAUGGUUUGUGUUUUGUAUUUUGCAUUGUUAAUUGUCUAUAAGAAAUAAAUGGAUCACUGAUCA